CUACAACAGCACAACUGAAAUGGAAAUAGAGCAGAGGCUCGUUUGAAGGGGUCGGGCUGCGGGUGUCCCACUGGCAGCUGCAUUUGCACCAACUCCAUGUGAAUGACAAAUGAGAAAGUCAAAUAACCACUUGCUGUGGAGCACCUGCCUUGAAGACCACGCAGCAUUCAGCUACAACUGCUGACAAAGAAGGAAGAAUCGUGGCUAUUGAGCAUGCAUUUGAGGAAGAACAGCCAGUGAUGCAGGGAGCUGUUGCCUGACAUAAGAUCAUGCUUGUGUGCAAAGGUGUAAAGAUGAGAGAGCUCAUCAGUCUUCUUCUGGCUCCAUGCUUGGUUUUGGGGAUUAGAACUAUUCGAGAGAGCAUCCCAGUGCAGACCCUACAGUGUUAUAACGACUAUGUAUCCCUCACAACUUGCACAUGGAUGGAGUGUUCAGAGGCUCAUGAGUUCCUGAAUGUGACUCUAAACUUUAGCAUCACAUAUGAAAAGAACAAAGAAAUGACCUGCACGUCCUACACAGGUGAAAACCACGCUGACUGCCAGAACUUCACAAUGCACUGGGUGUGUCACAUCCACGGAUAUGAUCAAAAAAACUACAACUUCAAAUUUGACCUGACACUGCAGGCAGAGCUAAAUGUUUACUUGUUUCAGAAUGUUCAGACCCUCCCACCUCAAAACCUCUCGGUCAGCUCGAUGACAUCAGGAGACUUCUUGCUGACCUGGAAAGCAGCUGACGGAAGCCAAGGGCUGGGCAAUGCCCUGGAGUACGAAGUCACUUACAAGCGGGAGUGGGAGUCCUGGGAGAAAGCUGCCUCCCUUGUGCUCUCCAACACCACAAGUUGCCGUCUCCACCACAAGGACCUUGUGCCGGGGAGCAGCUACGUUGCCCGUGUGCGAGCCAGACCCGGGCAGGCCAGUGGCUUCUCUGGGCAGUACAGCGAGUGGAGCAUGGAGGUGUCAUGGGACACCCCUGAAGGUGGCCUUCAGCCCAGGAACCUUCGCUGCCUCUUCGAUGGUGCAGAUCGUCUGACGUGCAGCUGGGAAGUGAAGAAAGCGAUCACCACCUCUGUCCUCUUUGGCUUGUUCUUCAGGGCCACUCCAGCAUCAGCAGAAGAGGAGUGCUCUCCUGUGCAUGAGAAGGCUUUGCCCCAUGUUCCAUAUGUGAUUCAGAGCUGUGAGAUCCCUGUUAACAACUCCAGCAGCCAGAGCCAGUACCAUGUGUCUGCCCGGGCCAAGACGGAGGAGAAAAUGAUUAAAGCCCAUGAGAACAUCCAGGUGCCACCCCCUAAAAAUGUAACAGUGACAAUGACAGAGGAUCAAGAGUAUAAGCUGAGAUGGACAAAGCAUACAUUCGAUAAAUAUUUUAUAAAACAGACAUAUCAAGCUCUAUACUGGAAAACCAGCCAAAUGCCAAAGGUAGGUGAUGUAAUGCAUGGGACUGUGGACAUUACAAAUGAUGAGCCUUACUACUUCCUGCAGAACCUGGAGCCAUCCACAUCUUAUACCAUAAAAAUGCGUGCAAGGGUGAAUAUCCCAAAUUAUCCCAAGGGGCCUUGGAGUGAAUGGAGCAAGGAGUUCACCUGGGAAACUAAGAGUGUUCUGCCACCAGUGGUUCUCCCAGCGAUGCUCCCAGCUCUCAUCAUCAUCUUCCUAAUAGCUGCUUAUUGCAGCUAUAGGUAUUUCCUCAGGAAGAAGCAAAUGUGGGAGGAAAAGAUUCCAAACCCCAGCAAGAGUCUCCUGAUUCAGAGCUACCAGCGGGUAAGAGAGAACUGUACCUUGAAGGGUGCUCCUGGAGAAGUACAACAUGGAGUUAUUCCAGGGGUGGGCAUCACACAAAACAGCAGGUUUGAAGUUUAUUGUGAUGGGAACCUGCAGCUGCAGCAGCCCCUGACUCCUGUGCUGCAUAAAGACAGGUCAGGGGCUGAUAUACUGGUAAAACUAAUUAUACAAUGUGAAUGCCUGGAAGCUUGUUCUUGCACUGUCUAUCACAAAAGUGCCACUAGCGUUUUUGUGCCCAUGGAUCCUGGCUCUUUCUGGCCUCAACGUGAUCUCUCUUUUCUCAGAAGUGUAACAAUCUUAAUUUUCUCUCUUCAGGAAGCUGUCAGCCAACAGCCAGCCAGCCAGGUGGGCUUCAAUGGGCAGAACGCUUCCGAGGAGGUGGAGCAGGUUAACUGCCUUCAAGUGCUGGAUGGGAUGACAAAAAGCAGUCCAGCAGAGUACCGUGGAGCUGAGGCAAAGACAGUGCAAGUUUCCCAUGCUACACUGGCUCCACAAAACUCCUGUUGGACUUCUGAAGGGCCACAUAAAUGCUCGGUUUCAUCAUCCACACUUGUCUGCCCAUUGAAUCAGACUGCUGGUCCAACCUGCUUGUUUGCCAGGCUUCCAAGCAAGAGUGCUGUUCACGCAAGUACUGCUCCCAAGACUUGCUUUGCUUUCAAUGGUCCAUACUUGUAUAGCCCAGUGAUGUCCUCCCAGCCUGAUGUGCAUCAGACCCUGGAAGUGGACCCAGUGGGAGUCCGUGAGAAAUCAGUUUCCCUUCAGUAUGUGACCCUCCCAAAAGAAGACUGUCCCCAGGCUCCACAGAAGCAAGAACAGCCAGGAGCAGAUCCUUCACAGCCCUUCCUGCCCCCAGAUCAGAAGAAAAUGAUGCGUCACAUAGACCACGAGCAAGAAGUCUCACUGGCCCCACCAGUCUCGGGGAAAGGCACAAAUGUGAGAAGAGAAGAGCAGAAAUCUCCAAAGGCUCUUAGCUGUAUCACAUCUCCUCAGCAGUGCCCCUUGGAGUACAUCACCACAGAGAGCCUGUCACUGCCAUCAGCCAGCGACUCCACCCAUCCGCCACUUGUCACCGCUGGGGAGUUACCUUGUGACUCACAGGAGCCCCAGCCCUCCAGUGACCACUCUUGCCAUGAGUUUUCUCCUGGGAAGACUGGUGUCAUGGUUCCAGUAUCAGGUCAAGCACCAACCUCAUCUCCUGAAUUGCACCAGGAUACAUUUGGAGACCCUUCAGGUCUCCAUGGAAAUUCAGAACACACAAAAAUGUCCUUACAAAUUUUUUGAAAGGAAGUGGUUUU